UUUGAAGCGUGCAGCAGCUGACUAACGGAGCGGACGGAGUUUUUGUGUCGGAGUUGUGCUCGAUGUGUUUUGCGUGUGUUUCGCGUGAGCGGCAACUGAUCUGAUUGCUUUUGCUACUGGAGUGUGUAUGUGUGUUUUUUUAGUAUUAUUUGCAUCCUUUCUUCGCAAUUGCAAUCGGCGCAUUCUUGCCCAGAGAGAUUAGUCAUCUGCCGUCAACUCCGCGAGUGUGAAUCGUUCUGUGAACUCUGGAAAAGAUCAUCAUCACGGUUUAUUGUGACCCGUAGCAGUGUGUACAGUGCCGCUGUGUGAGAAGAGAGAGUGUUUAUGAUUUCGGUUUCUCAGAAGUGAUCAUUUUUGGAUUCCGCGUCUUGUGCAGCACACGAACCGGCGCAUACGUCGUCUCACGCCUAGCGAAGGACGCACCCCCACUGACUACCCUUGCAUUCCAAGAUUGCCAGAAGCUACUUACAAAGCCAGUACUCCAGCAACUCCGGCGAACCCGGAACUCUGAAGGAUCCAAGGCAACCCCGUCGGUAGCGACCAAUACGCACACCACCACCACCACUCCCCGUCCUGUCCCGUCUCGAUGGAUUGUCAAGGUCCGACGUCGGCAGUGCGUGCCGCGGCCGUUCCCGCCUCCGUAGGAUCAUCAAGGCUGGCACAGAUGCAGAUGCGAUUCCAGCAACGCCAGCAGCAGGAACGUGACCAACGGAAGAUAGAGCAGAUUGCCACGAGGACGACGGCAGUGGCGACAGCGACGACGGUGGUAGCAGCGAGCAAUGGGCGCACCUCGACCUCGACAACGACGACGGCUGCGGCGGCCACGUCGACGUCGUCGGCAACGGCAAUCACUAGCAGCAGCAGCAGCAGCAUCGGCGGCGGCGGCAAUGGGGCGGUUAGCGGUGGUACGUCGGGCGUCGGUGAGCUGACCGAGCGGCUCCACGCGACCAACCUUUCGUCCAGCUUGGGCGCUGGCAAGGUACGCCAAAUGUUCGAAGAACGCCGGCACCACCGGGUGGCCGGCAUCGACAAGAGUUACCCACUGCAACCGAUUCAGGCGAAGGCCGGCAGCGGUAACGGCAGUACCGCCGCCGCCGGCGUCACCCCUUCUACCACGACCAUCAUUGCCAAUGGCAACCACUCCACCAACGGCGCUAACAACAAUAACAUCCCGAACGGUGCCACCGAUGCGACUGCUGGUGGUACGGUUGGGCGCACCGGCAGCAUAACCAAGGGGGGUGGUGGUGGUGGUACUACCGCCACGAGCAUGAACAACAAACCACGUGUACCACCCAUCUCGGCCACCAGCCGUAAUCGGUUGCAGCAGCAACAGCAACAGCAAACUCAUCGAGCGAAUGCUAACUUGCGUCAGGAGCAGCAGCAGCAGGUUACACGCAGCACCGGUAACGUAGGCGACGCGCUCCCAAUGACCGAACAGGGGGUCGAAGAUGGUGGAUUCGACGACAACGAUAAUUUUCUGGAGCUGGAAAAGUUCCCAGAUAGCGGCGAGCUGGAUGGAGAGCUACUGUACAAUCAGGUGAACAACAAUGUAAACCAUUUUGGGACGACUUCCGCCAACGGAACCAGCACGACGCGCACAGCAACAGCGCAGAACGUAAACAGCCUGAAGCUAAAACCGGUACCAGGCCGUUCGGCAACGACGACAACGCCGGCAAGAACCAACGCAGGCACCCUGAAGAAGCAACCAUCGGCCACCGGAGGAUCAUUGUCACCGACUGCUUCGAUGCCGCGCACAGUGAACGGAUCAAGCAAAUCUGGUGCUGUCGCCAGCACCCAAGCCAGGACAACCAAAUCCAACGGUCCGUCCCGUGCCGUCACGCAGCCCAGUCCAGCCAGCUCGGCCGGUUCGGUGCGCCGUGUAUCGUCCACCCCUACGGAACGUUCGAGCACGAUGCUGACCGCCACCAGUUCGGCCCCAGGCUCUGCAGGAGGGGCGCUGCCCGAUGGUCCAGUGCCCGAAGGUCUCGCUCGGUGUGACAUCUGUAGCCGUAACUUUGCCGACGAUCGUAUCGAGAAGCACCGAACGAUCUGCCAGAAGACGAAGGCGAAAAAGCGCAAGGUGUUCGACGUGACGAAGCAGCGGGUGGCGGGAACGGAGGCGGAAAAGUAUGUCCUAAAGGCCAGGGGCAAGGGUGCCGGUGCCGGUGCCGCCCGGAAGCAAUCUAGUCAGCAGCAAUCGGGCGCAGGAGGAGCUGGCAAACCGAACAACUGGCGCAAGAAGCACGAGGAGUUUAUCGCCACUAUCCGAGCGGCGAAGGAACUGAAGGCGCAUCUGGCCAAGGGAGGCAAGCUGUCGGAUCUGCCACCGCCCCCACCGUCCGAGAAUCCGGACUACGUGCAGUGUCCGCACUGUUCGCGUCGUUUCAAUCAGACCGCCGCCGAUCGCCACAUUCCCAAGUGUGCGACGAUGCUGCACAACAAACCGAAACCGAAACCGAAGGCCUCGACCUCGACGAUGCGACGAUACUGAGACACAGCCGGUUGGUGGGCUGGCAUCCCAUUCCUAAAUUUUCCGUUCUUUAAACUAUACUCUACGAAGUCCUCUUUUGAUAUGACGCCAUAUUUGAUACCACUAAUCAUCCGCUUGCCCCUUACCCGGUUUUGAUACGAUAUAACGUGAAAGGCGGAUGGCUGCAUCCGGUGCGGUAGAAACAGAUGUCGGUUAAAGUUAGAUCCGAAUCACCGCAGCCACCAACAGGCCCCUAACCAUUGGAAUGGUCAUUCGGAAAACCGCAUCAUGUGCUAACCGUACCAACCCGAAAUGAAAUGAUAAUCACAACCAAAUGCUUCUAUUAACGUGUGUAUGCUGGAUGGAUGGCUGGGUGGCCUAUAUCCUGCCUGUCCCCGCCUAUCCCCCAAUUCCCGAGAAAUGGCUGUGUGUGACACAGGACAAUGCGACGCGAACGAUGUUCAAAUUGAUGUACUCUUGUGUGUUUGUGGUGUAAAAUUAAUAAAAGUAAAUCAUGCAGAUACAACAACAAC